AUUGGACUGUAUGUGCUGGUGUGUGUGCUGGUGCCUCUGGUCGGCUACGUAGCGUUCCUCUGGUGGAAACACGACCCGUUCGGUCUCCUGUUUGGCAGACGAGAAUACUCCGUGUCCUCAGCUGGGGACAAGGACAGCAGAAGAAGGAACAAGGCUAUUGCUACAGUGUCAGUGGAACUCGGUAACAGAGGCAGCGACCACCCUCCCCUCUACCCAAUGAAGGAACAGACACUGCCCAAGACGAAGCCAGGUCAAUCAGCAGAAGAACUGACCGAGUCGUUUGUCUACACGCCUCCAGACACCAGCUCCACCUCCAACGGCCACCAACACACCAGGGAGUCUGUCAAGACUUCCCCCGAACCACAGGUUUCAUUCGAAGAGAAAGCAGCAGCAGCAACGGAGGAAGAGCAUAAGCCGAGUAGC